AUGAUUGGCCUGCCCAGCCCGCUCCACUCCCUUGCUGCCACCUCCAUCGCUGUAACCAACGCUAAAUUUGAGCCCGCUUCAAACCGCAGCGCCACACCCACCGAAAGAAGCGUGCCAAGGAACCCCGCCACUUGGCCCGACCACAGUUGCGGUGCUCAGCUUGAGGGUGCCAAGACUUCCAUCUCCGUGAACCUGCAUGAGUCCCAGAGGGCUGAAUCACCGUUGGCGCCUCUGCCACAGGGAAGGAGGCCACCGGCGAAGAAUCGGCCUCGUCGAUCGACAGCCAAGAGCGGCUUUCAUUCAAACAACCACACACGAGCCGGACCUUCUCUACACCACACCGACCACAACCCCCUCACAGCCAGCAACCAGACCAUGGUCGCGAUCCCAAAUGUCAUGCGCGACGUGCUCGCCAUGAUCGAGCCCCGGGCGCCGGUGCCCAAGGGCGGUGGUAGGGGCGGCAGCAGCAGCGGUAGUAGCAGCAGCGGUAGUAGUAGUAGCGGCAGCAAAACGCCCUCCUCCUCCACAACCACAUCAUCGUCCUCGUCGUCUGGAAAGGGCAACACGGCCGUCGGCACGUCCACCACGACAACGACCACGACGAACAAGGGGUCGUCGGCCGUCGGCGGAGCCACGUCGAGCCGGCCGGGCACCUUCAUCUUCAUCGGCGGCAGCGGCGGCGGCGGCUUCAGGACCGCCAACGGAGGCUACCUCCCGCUGUGGGUCUUCAUCCUCAUCCUCGUGCUGAGCUUGAUGACCUUCCUCUUCAUCGUCGCCUUCAUCUACUGCUAUGCCCGAGAGCGCAAGCAGCCCGGCAAGACCCGCUGGGGCAAGGUCUUCUGGGGCGCCACAAAGGUCGCCACCUUCCUCUGGAUCCCCAUCGCAAUUUACCGCUGCACCUGCGGCCGCAACCGCAAGAAGGGCAGCGGCGGCACCUUUUACCGCAAGGUCGAGGAAGGCAACGCUGCCGGCGCCGGCGCCGGCGGCAGCUCGGCGAACCCCUUCAGCAACUACAACAAUACAGCCUACGGCGGCGCCGGCGGCAGCGGUACCGCAGUCCCCGCGUACGCCCCCGUGCCCGCCCCCGCCCCCAGUCCACUCGGCCCGCCCGCCUACCAGAGCGCCGGCACCGGCGCCGCCGCGAGCUACUACGCCAUGGCCCCGCCCAGCUCCGCAUACAUCCCCGGCGACGCAAAGGGCGGGAACCCGGUCCCCAUGUCCGCCCCUUAUGCCUUCAAGUAA